AUUUCGAAAGCAUUUGCCGCCAUUUCUCUAGGUUACACUGAUGUAACGAUCCGUUCUUAAUAGCCCGAGGCUAGCGGCGUUGGUUUCCAAAGCGAAAAUCAAACCCAAAUUCAAUUCAGAAUCAGCCAUGGAGAGCGACGACGACUUCGAGCUUUUGCCUCCUUCUCCCGUCCAAGAACGAAAGCUCAAGCGUUUGAAGAAAGCAGCUAGGGUUCCCGAACCUUCUCACCCUCCUAUCUCUCCUCCCAAUUUUUCCGUAUCGGGAAACGGCGAAGAACACUUGACGGAGCCAAACGGCGAAUCUGGGCCCGAAUUUGAAACUUUGACCCCAAGCCCAAGCCCAAGCCCGAGCCCGAGCCCGAACCCGAACCCUCAAUCUGACACUCCGAAAGGUGUAACCGUCGACGACGAUGGUUUGGGCGCGAAGAGGGUUCUGGAUUUUGAUUCCUUCGGUGAGGAACUAGGGAAGGUUGUAGAGGAGACUGAAGAAGUUAGAGAUCUGAAGACCUACGAAGAAAUCAGGGAUUUGAAUACUGAUGAAGUAGAGAGGAAACGACGAGGUUUAGAUGACUUGCCAGAGAAGAACGAGAAGAAGAAGAGAAUCAAUGACGACGGUGACAGCAGCGAGAAGAAGCCUAAAGUAUCUGCCACCAAUAAGAGAAAGGCCGAGAAGGAACGACGAGAUACUCUGAAACAGCUUCAAGCGGAGUCUCAGAGACUUCUUCGAGAAACUAGAGAUGCGGCUUUUAAACCUGCUCCUCUGGUUCAGAAGCCAAUUUCUUCGAUAUUGGAGAAAAUUCGGCAGCGGAAAUUGGAGAUUUUAAAGAAAUCUGCUGAUAAUGUAGAAAAGGCUGAACCGGAAGAAACACCAGCUUCUUGCCAUGCAGCCACUAAAUGUAAUUUGGGCACGUCACAUAUUGGUGAAGAAUCUAAUGAUGCUGCAGCUAAUUCUAACUCUGAGAGCAUUCCUUCUCCCAUGGCCAAGGAUUCAGAAUCUGAGCAUGCAUUUCGAGCUCCUAUUGGUGAUACUCAGGAACUCUACACUGAUUCUGAAAGAAGCGAUACUAAAGAUGAGGCUGUAAAUGACAAGUCUAACAACCCUUCAGAAGAAGUGUUUGCCCCGUCAAUGCUUGCAAUGAACUUGAAACUUGAUUCUGCUCCUCCUGAUGAUGACGUCUCUUCCAAUGAGGAGGAGGAGGACAAUGACAAGGAGAACAUAGAGCCACACGUACAUGUAUCAGUUGACUUGACUUUAUCACCAGAUGGUGACCCUGUUAGGGCUUUUGUUGAUGAAGAAGCUGAAGAGGAAGAUGACAGUGAUAAUGACCUACAGCGUUUCCAAGAUGAUGAAGGUGAAGAUGAUGAUGAUAUUGAGGAAGAUGACAUGAUUGCAACUCAAUAUGAAGAAAAGCCAGAUGAUAGAGAAAAGCGUGAGCAACUCCACCAGCAGUGGCAUGAGCAACGGGAUGCAGCUGGAGUGGAUAAUCUACGUCAGAAAUUCUAUGGUGGUUCAAAAUUGAAUGAAACACCAUCAACUGAAGAGGAAGAUGAGGAAAGCAGAGAAACUGAAAAUGAUGAUGAAGUUGAAGAAUACGCAGCACCAUCAGAAAGUCUGAAGACCACUCUGAAAAAGGUGAAGCAGAUGAUCCCACAGAUGUUUUCAGAUAAAGAUGAUAAAUAUGUAUCAUCUGAUGAUGAAGAAACUGAGGACAAGCUAGCUAGACAAUCCCUCUAUUAUAAAACUGAAGAGAAAGCUAAAUUCUUUUCACCAGCUGAGGACGAAAAUAGCAGGGAAGUUUUCAGUCUCAUAAAGAAAUUAAACGUGCCUGAUACCAAGAGAAAAGGAAAAACUACUUCCAUCUUUGCUAUGCCAAGCAUUGGACAGAACAUAAAUAUAUCAUCAAAGUCAUCUUUUGUUGGAAGGGCUUCAGAUCGUUUUAUGCCUACUUCUCAAAAGCAGGGAUCAUGCAAGGUCCGAUCAUAUAUAUUUGGGCGAGAUGACAGCAACAGCAGGAGUUCAAUAUUGAUCUCAGAGGAUUCUUUAGAUACGAUUCAAACGGAGAGUCAACCACCAAAAGCGGCUUCUGCCAAGUUUCAAAGAAAUACGCAGAACAAAAACACCACCAUGAAUUCUGCAUCUAAGGAGUCAAAUGUGUCGCUUUUGGAUAUAUUAAGGAAGUCUUCACAUCAUGCAGAUCACAGUUUCCAGAAUGCCAACGUUCAACCAAAGACAUCAAUAUUUGAUGCAUUCAAGUUAAUGAAGAAGCCAACCAAGGCGGAGGCAAGAGUUUGAUAAGUUUUGGCCAUAUUUGUAUGGUUAAACCUUAAACCUUCAUCAAUUAUUAUCUAAUUUAUUUCGAUCCUUGAAAUAAUCGAAAAAAAUAUAUAUCUUUGGUGGCGUAUGUGUAUGUGAAGAGUCAAGUAACAUUGUUUUUUUGUCUACUCUUGAAAGAAUAUUUUAUUUUCCAUUUA